AAUGUGCUACGUGUCACAGCGACACGAUUUAAAGCAAAGAAUGAGAGGAACUGGACAUGUAGGGUGAGAUUUAGAUCCCUAAAGAUGCAGAUAUGUCCUUAGCAGGAUUUUCAAAGUGCCUAAGCAUGGUGUAAGCGCCUUACAUGCUUAGGAAUUUUGGAAAAUCCUGUAAGGUGCCUAUCUGCAUCUUUAGCAUCUAAAGGCUUUCCAAAGUCUCACCACUGCUCUGGCAUCAUAUUUAGCAGUCUCCUGUUUUUCCCCUGGAUAUUCUCAUGCUUCUCUGUUUAUAGAGAGAAAUGUGGGAGAAAAAGAGAAGAUCUAGGAAGUGACAUUUUCUAAAAUACUGUGCUGGGUGUUUGUAAAAUCCACACUCAUCCAUAGUGAUGGCACAACCCAGAGUUUCCAAAUGAUGCCUGCCAAGGGCCUGAACUCAGACAUUUACCCACAGUAAUUUAUGAAUAAUAAAGGAAAGGUAUAAAAAUUUAAUUACUGAGGAACAUCUGCCCUAAAAUGAAUGAAAUAUCUGUUUUAUAGAGUUUAGGCUUGAAAUGGUGAGUUCAGAAAGUUUAAAACAUCCAUUGAAAAUAAGUCAGCCUCUCCUCUUGUGAAGGAUAUUUCAGCAAUAAUAAUAUAGAUUUCAUAUAAUAAUAUUUCAGCAAUGGAAAUAUAUUAAUCACACAUUUAUCUCUCCCUGUUUAAAGGGAGUUUUCCAUAAUUGUUGUGCUGGCCAGAAAUACAGAGCACUUUUCUUCUGGCUGCUCUUUAGUGUUCCACUCAGUAUCUCAAUAUAUGGACACACUCAUUAUACACAAUUUUCCUUCUAAACCAUUAAAAAAUAAGAAUUUAUUGCUUUCCUAUUUGGCUACAACUCAUCCACCCCACGAUUGAUGCUGCUGAUUGCCCCUCUUACAGAUUUCAGUGUUUAUUGGGAGAAGCAAGAGAAGUUUUCUUUUCUGAUCUGACACUAAAGGCUCCUUCAUGCUGUCCCUGAGCUCCUCAUGAAACCCACCUGGCACCCAUCCCAUCCCUAUCCGCUUUCCAGUUUUACUGCAGGAGGUUUGGACAGAAAAUUAAUUGGCUUUAAAGCAGCUAAAUCUGAUCAGCAAAGCUCAGCUGGUAACUACGUUUUCUUUUAAGCUUCUCCCCUCCUCGUUUAAGCUCCAGCCUAUAAAUUAACAAGCACGUCUAAGAUGACAGAUCAGUAACAGAAUAUAAAUGGAUUUUUUUAAAAAAUCUGGAAGCAUCUUAGACGAAGUUCCAACCCUCUUGGAGUCAAGGGCAUCUUGACACUGAGCCUUUGCAUUUCUGAGCUUGCUGUGAAUUUCUUCACAGGCUGGAAAGUGUAAGUGAUGAAAAACCCAGUUCCUCUCAUUGCUCUCCUGUUAUCUAAAAGCUAAAAAUGGGAAAUAACAGAUAAUGCAUUUAGAUAAUGAGUGAAUUUCCUGAGAAAAGGCUAAUUUUGACUGUUUACUUAAAAUGAAACUGCCUUUUAGGAUAAAUGUGGGUCAGAAUAGAACAAGACCAAAUCUAGUAAGGAUUAGAGGUGUUUAAGGCUCAGGACAUUCUGUCCAGAACUAAUCAAAAUUCAGUUUUGCUAACGGCAGAAGGUUUGACCUUUGAAUUGUCUUUGAAGGUGGCACUGGAAAAGAACAGAAUGGGCAUUUUGCAUCAUGAGGGGAACAGCCAGAAAAAAAAAAAAAAGGAGGGCAAAGAUUUAGGCUCAGUCAGCCUAAAUAGCCUAAAAAAGCCUAAGAAAUUUCUUAACUAUGACAUGGAUAAUAUUUUUUUUUAAAAAAAAAAAUCCUUAAUGAGAAUAUUUGGCUUAAUAUGGAAAAAUUACCAGUGGGUACGGCUUAUGAUGGUAUAGAAAAUAAGAGCAAUCAGUAAGUAGGGGCAAAAAAAUGAUUUAAAAAGUCAAUGAAUAUUAUUUUUCUUCUUCAUAGAUCAGCCUAUGUGGUAUUUUAUAGUGAUCUGCUUCCAGCUUUGUUUAUUCCACAUUAUCCCAAAUUAUUUAGAAAAAGGACUUCAGAGGAUAUAACCUAAUUUUUUUUUUAAAGAGCAGCAAACUAGAAGUCAUUUAUGCAUCAAUAACAUACAUGAAAAAUUCACUGUAAUCUCAAGAAGAUGAACGGCUGAGUGGAAAUCAAGAUUUCCAGAGACUGGAAAUAUUAAAGAGCUGUGAAAAGAUGGGAAAAGGCUGAAGGAGUUGGGUUAGUUGAGAGAAAGCACAACUCAAGGGAGGGCAUAAUAAGAGAGGAGUUCUAGAAAUGCUGGAAGGUAGAAAUCAGCUUAAUUUGCAGCAGUUUUUGGAUGAGAAUUAAUCGGUGUGCGGAGCGGGCUCCCUGCAGUGCUGUGCCCGCUGCCCUGCUCCCUCUCCAGGCACAGCGCAGCUUUUAAGAGCUGCUUAGUGACCCGAAAUCGAUGUUUUCAGCACCAUUCCAGAGCGCUGACAGCUCGCUGCUGGCAUUCCGAAGGGAAGGGUGUGUCCUCUGUCCAGCUCCGCUGGGAGCAGCACGGCCCAUCCUGCUGGAUUUUGCGGGGGGAAUCUGCCGAGACAACCAAUAUUCCCGAAACCCCGCCAUCCAUUAAGGUGCAAAACUCCUCCUCGGGUUUUGAAUCAAAACUACUCUUCACCCCAAGUAUUUUCUGGGAGGUGAACGCGGAGGUGACGGCGAUUUCUGGCUGCUGUGAUCGCAGAUCCACAUCCUGUUCUCGCUCGUGUUGCCGUGGCUGGAGCGCAUUCCGCAGGCUGGGGCAGCUCACCUGGGCCAGGUGAGCGCCGGGGACCGGCCGGAGCCGCGGAGCGCAGCGCGGGCAGGACGGGCCGGGCGCUGCUGCGGGCACGGCUCUUAUUGUGAAAGGAUGAUGAGAGACAGCGCUCACCUCUGCCGACCAUCGCUGCCUCCUCUGCUCGCUGCCCUGGCACCGCUACCUCCGCCCGGCCGCUCCGAGCCGAUGCCUUCUGCCCGCCGCAAUAUGUUCGCCAAAAUCCUUUUGUCCGCCGCCAGCCUCCUGCUCGCUCACCUGCUGCGUUUCCUCUGCUCUUUGAUGCAGUUCAUUCCAGCGAGGAAUUGGGUGCCUGAGCCCCUGGCCAUGGGGAACCAAGUGGCUGCAUGGAACAAGGAGCCCAGCACGGGCACUUCCCGGCACUCCCAAGGUUUUAAGAAUUACCUUCCCAGCCCAUCCAGGGAGCAAAUCCUCUGCCACAGACCCAGGGGGCUGCAAUGCAUCUCCCCCUUAGUGCAGAACAUGGAGGAGACCCCUGAGCCCAUCCCAGCCAAGAUCAAAGGACACAUUCCCAAGUGGAUUAAUGGAAAUCUGCUGAGGAAUGGCCCUGGCAAGUUCGAGUUUGGCAAUGACAAGUUUAACCACUGGUUUGAUGGCAUGGCCCUGCUGCACCAGUUCCAGCUGGCCCAUGGCAGGGUGACCUACAGGAGCAGGUUCCUGCAGAGCAGCUCCUACCUGAGGAACAGUCGGCACAAUCGCAUCGUGGCCUCCGAGUUCGGCACCUUGGCCAUGCCAGACCCGUGCAAGAGCAUCUUCGGCCGCUUCCUGUCCCGCUUUGAGCCGCCACAGCCCAGCGACAACGCCAAUGUGAACUAUGUGCUGUACAAAGGAGAUUAUUACGUCAGCAGUGAGAAUAUCUUCAUGCACAAGGUGGAUCCAGAGACUCUGGAAACGAAGGAAAAGGUGGACUGGAGCAAGUUUAUUGCAGUGAAUGGGGCCACAGCUCAUCCCCACUACGAGUCUGAUGGGACAACCUACAACAUGGGCAAUUCCUAUGGGAAGCACGGAUCCAGCUACAACAUCAUCAGGAUCCCCCCACAGGAGUCAGGCCAUGGGGACACGCUGGAGGGAGCCAAGGUGCUGUGCUCCAUCCCUCCCAUGGACAGGGCAAAGCCAUCCUACUACCACAGCUUCGGGAUGACGGAGAACUACAUCAUUUUCAUCGAGCAGCCCCUCAGGCUGAACCUCUUGAAGAUCAUCACCUCCAAGCUCCGUGGGAAAGCCAUUUUUGAUGGGAUAAGCUGGGAGCCUCAGCACAACACCUACUUCCACGUGGUGAACAAGCACACUGGGGAGGUGCUGCCAGGGCAGUGGUGCUCCAAGCCCUUCGUGACCUUCCACCAAAUCAACGCCUUUGAGGAGCGGGGCUGCGUGGUGCUGGACCUGUGCUGCCAGGAUGAGGGCACCAGCCUGGCCCUGUACACGCUGCAGAACCUGAGGAGGAGCGGGGAAGGGCUGGACCAGGUUUAUGCCUCCGUUCCCAGAGCUUUUCCUCGCCGCUUUGUUCUCCCUCUGGACGUGGAUUCAGACACACCUGUGGGGAAAAACCUCAACCCACUGCCUUACAGCCAGGCAAAGGCUGUGAAAGGUGCAGAUGGCAAGGUCUGGUGCACACACGAAAAUCUGCACCCUGAGGGCUUUGAGAAAGUUGGGGGCCUGGAGUUCCCCCAGAUCAAUUACACUCGCUGCAAUGGCAGGAGGUACCGCUACUUCUACGGGUGUGGAUUCGGCCACUUGGUUGGAGAUUCCUUGAUCAAGGUUGAUGUGGAGACCAAGAAUUUCAAGAUUUGGCAGGAGGAGGGAUCCUUCCCAUCAGAGCCUGUGUUUGUGCCAGUGCCUAAUGCCACGGCAGAGGACAGCGGGGUCAUCUUGUCUGUGGUGGUCUCCCCCACUGAGAACCAAAGUGCUUUCCUGCUCGUGCUGGAUGCAGAGACCUUCCAGGAACUGGGGCGAGCAGAAGUCGAGGUGCCAAUGCCUUACGGGUUCCACGGCAUCUUCACUGCCCACUGAGGAGCUCCUGGGCACCUCCUGGGACUCAGGGCCCAGCCAGGCUCAGAAAAAACCUCUGCUGCUUUCACCUCCCACCUUCCCAUCACAUCUGGGAUGAAGGAACUGCUUUUUCUCCACCAUAACCUGUAUUCCUAACAAAAUACAGCCGAGGAAGGCAGAAGCCCCUUUGCUCCCCCAGCCCACUGCUUUAUCUCCAUGUUUUUUACUACCUUGCUAGACCAGCCAUAGCAGCAGCUCACAAAGGAUGCCAGGUUGAGGCUUGCAAGGGAGAAAAUGGGAGCUGAAGUGAUCAAGCCCUUCCUUUGGCAGCAGUGUGCUCUGAGGGGAAGAGAACAUCGACGCUCAGGGCUGUGACUUUGGCUGAAAUACGUAAAGCAGAAGAGAGGAAUAAAACCCAACAGGUGACAGAUGGGCCCAGUGGAGGGGAGGAAAUCCCCCCCUGCAUCAAGGUUGCCUUUGCUGGACUCCAGAGGGUAGAUGCAGACACUCACAGAAGCUGUGCUUGUGCUUUUUUCUGUCCCAUAGCAGUGCCCUCAAAUAAAACCUUGGGAAGUUUUUUCCUUUC